UUAAUAUAAUAUAAAAGCAUUAGGUGAGUACCACACACAAUGAAUCUGCUCUAUAAAGAUGCAUGGGCCACUACGCUCCCUGCAACCAACCAACCAACCUUCUCAGCUUUAUAUCCAUAUUUCAUUAUGGCCUCUCAAGCCUUAUCAUUCACAGUUCGUCGUUGCCAGCCGGAGCUAAUUGCUCCGGCGAAGGCGACGCCCCGUGAAGUGAAGCUUUUAUCAGACAUCGACGACCAAGAGGGUCUUCGGUUCCAAAUUCCAGUGAUUCAGUUCUAUCGUUAUAAUGCUUCCAUGAGAGGAAAAGAUCCCGUUAAGGUGAUCAGAAAAGGUUUGGCUGAGACUCUGGUGUUCUUCUAUCCCUUCGCCGGCCGUCUGCUGGAAGGGCCAAACCGGAAACUUAUGGUGGAUUGCAAUGGUGACGGCGUCCUUUUCAUCGAAGCAGAUGCUGAUAUCACUCUGGAGGCAUUUGGUGAUGCUCUUCAGCCUCCUUUCCCUUGCUUGGAAGAGCUUCUAUAUGAUGUUCCUGGCACUUCACCCGUUCUUAAUACUCCACUUCUUCUUAUUCAGGUGACACGUCUGAAAUGCGGUGGUUAUAUUUUCGCCUUACGCCUUAAUCACACAAUGAGUGAUGCUGCUGGUCUCGUUCAAUUCAUGAGCGCGUUAGGUGAAGUAGCUCGUGGUGCGCAUGAGCCAUCAAUUCCGCCCGUUUGGAACAGGGAGCUUCUAAAUGCAAGAGAACCACCACGCGUGACAUGCACCCAUCGUGAAUACGAUGAAGUCCCUGAUACAAAAGGAACCAUCAUCCCCUUAGAUGACAUGGUCCAUCGUUCUUUCUUCUUUGGGCCCAACGAAGUUGCUUCGAUUCGCACUCAAAUUCCCUACCACCUUCGUCAAUCUUCUGAUUUUGAAAUAAUCACGGCGUUCUUAUGGCGUUGCCGUACAAUGGCUUUGCAACCUGAUGAUGAUGAAGAAGUUCGCAUAAUAUGUAUUGUUAAUGCUCGUGCCAAAUUUAACCCUCCAUUGCCGGCAGGUUAUUAUGGCAAUGCCUUCGCCUUUCCGGUGGCCGUGACCACUGCUAGAAAACUAUGUCAGAACCCACUCGGAUAUGCUUUAGAGUUGGUGAAGAAAGCCAAAGGUGAUGUGACUAAGGAAUAUAUGCACUCUUUGGCAGAUUUAAUGGUGAUCAAGGGGCGACCUCAUUUCACGGUGGUGAGGUCAUACUUGGUUUCAGAUGUGACACGAGCGGGAUUUGGUGAUGUGGAUUUUGGGUGGGGGAAGGCGGUGUAUGGCGGUCCGGCAAAAGGAGGAGUGGGAGCCAUUCCUGGGGUGGCAAGCUUUUAUAUACCAUUUAAGAAUGCUCAUGGACAAGAAGGUCUAGUGAUACCAGUUUGUUUACCUGGGGAAGCCAUGAAGAGAUUUGUAAAGGAGUUAGAUAGCUUGCUCAAGAAUUACUCUCAAAAUCCGAGGCUAUUUGUCACUUCUUCCUUAUAAUUGGAUUUUCUAUAAUAUGUGUCAAAGCUAGCUACUGGAGUUUUGGGAGUUGAGUCAUCACAUGGCUUAAGUGAAAACUCAACUAUGUACAAUAUGAGAUACGUGUGAUGAGUAUCUCCCUUUAAUUAAUUAGCACUCUAAUUUCUUUUGGUAGUUUUGUGUGUGGUGCUUAAGUAAAUGUUUGAAUUGCUUGUAAGAGUUUAGUUACUAAAAUAGGGGGAAACAUUUGUAAGAAGUGGUAAUAUAUGUAUUGAAAAUGAGGACAUUUAAUAUUCCAUGUCAUAUUGUCUAGGA